ACCCUCUCCACGGUCGCGCCCGGUCGCCCGGUCGCCUUCCCUAACUCUCGACUCCCAACUCAUCCAACAGUUGUACAAUACUUGAACCUUCGUCCACACUGUCUUUCCUAAUUUACACUUCCCUCACAUACUCUCUCUCUCUCUCUCUCUCUCUCUCUCUCUCUCUCGCACUCACUCAAUCACUCACUUACUCACGCCUACACAUCUACACAUCUACGCACCUAGACGCCUACGCCAUGCCUGCCUCAAACAACACCUCUACUCUCGGCCGCUCCAGCCGGUCUGGACCCUCCAAGGCCAUUGUUGUGCUACGACUGCCCUCGAACCUGCUCGCCCAGUUCGCCGGCGAGGUCAAGGAGGAGCUCGGCGCCUCGCCGGCCAAGGUCAAAGAGCCCUCCUCGCCCGCUUCUUCUGCAACCGAUCCUGUGCUGCCGGCUUCAUCUGUUGACAAUGCAUCGGACGCAGCCUCGACCCCGGCGGCCGGUACCGCUGCUGCAGAGGCCCUGCGACGCAAAGGCAUGCCCGGACCCAAACCAGGCACAAAGAGAGCUCUGGCACAGAAUGGAGACAGUGCGUCGAAGCCAAGAGGGAAGCCUGGACCGAAGAAAAAACCGAGACUGUACGGAGGACGGUACCAUUGAUCACACCAAGUUGACCGCCGCGGGUCAUAAACUAGGCCCCAAGGCCAACACGGGAGCCAUCAAUGCUGGUUUACGAGCACUCGACCGUACGGGAGCUCCCUGUCGCAAGUGGGAGCGCAAGCCAUUGCAACUCAAGAGCUUCACGGGAAUCCUCUGGCAGCUGCCCACCUGGCGCUCGCCCAAACCGCCCAAGACCGAGGACAGCGGCGAUGCCAAGGAGACGUCCGCCCUCGAAACGGGCGAUAGUGACAGCAAGGCCAAUCACAGCGCCAGCGGCGUUCCCAGCGAGAAGAGCAACCUAGGUGACGGCGAUCUCACUCCGCUGCCACCUACGAUGGUCGAUUCAGCCGCGGCGCCUAUUGCCAUGACGGCGUGAUUCAACUCUUCGUUUCGUCUCUUCAUCUUAUCUAAUUCAUCCAUCCUAUCAUAUCUUUCUAUCUUUCAUGUACAUUAUUUUUUUUUGUUGUUUGUCUCUUUGUUUGUUUGCGUAUCAGCUUCGGCGUGGGGUUUCGUUUGUUUAUGCUUUACUCUCAAGGUCAGACUGGCCGUUGGAUUGCUUAUUAUGGGAUUUGGUCGAGGUUAUUUCGUUGUAUCAAUAGGUAGUAAGUAGAUGCGUGGAUCGGGUUGGAUGCAAAAGUGCAUUAUCACAGUCUAGGUAUUGGAAAGACAUUCCUAUAUCAUCAGUUCGGGUUCUCUCAGGGAUCCCUAAUAAAUUAAUACUUUAUAAUGUAUCCUGGC